AUGACGUUGUUGUUGCCGCAGGAAAUGAAGUUUGUUCAUUCAUUUGUUGUUCGAUUCUUGGAAAGUCUGGGUUUAAAACCUGACCCAAAUAAUGGAUUUAACUCACCACAACAUAUUGCAAAUCUUUUUGCCUUUGCAGAUACCGAUGGCUAUAUUGUUGAUGGAUUAGGAAGUUUAGAAAUGACCGCUACAAAAAUUGCGAUGAAUGAUAUAAAUGUAGAAGGACAACCAAUUGUUGUUGAAGAAAGAGACGGUAUUGCAAUAAUUGAUGGCUCUAAUCUUUUGGGGGUAACAGUUGGGAAUUAUUGUGCUUCCAAAGCCAGGGAGUUGGCGCGUAUUUACGGAAUCGGCUUUGUUGUUGCGAGAAACGCUAAUUCAAUCGGGCCUGGACAAUUCUAUGCAAGACAAAUGGUUGAACAUGGGAUGGAAGUAAGCAAAGAAUUAUUUUUACAUAAUAUAAUCUUUUUGAAUAAUUUAGAAAUUUCUUUCUAUAGUUAUAUAAUUUUUCCAGAAUCCCUGAAAAUGAAUUUGAAUAUGUCGGUUAUACUAAAUUUAAUCUAUAUUUAA